AUGCCGCCGGGAGGAUGCAGCGUAACAACCCGAGCCGUGAGACAUUUCUGCUGAGAUAAGUCUGCUUCCGAGAUGAAUCACAGUGCAAUUUAGACACCAAAGAAGAAGAAGAAGAAACUCAUCAGCUGCAUCAUUUUCAACUUGAUCCGGGAGUGUUGGAGUCGUCUGCGUGGAUCUCUAGAAGUUGGACUGUCUGAAAUGUUAAUGCCAUGACUCUUGACUUUGGACAAGAUUUCCAGCGCAGUGCAGCCAGUGUGCAGUGUUUUAGCAACAAAAAGGUAGACUUCAUUUUUAGCCCGGAUUGUAAUUGUUUGAUCAACAUGUGGCAUUUAAAGAUAAGGCAUCAAUCUGGUGCCAUGGAGAGGUAUUGAUCCCAGAAGAACCCAUGGGUGCUGCUUAUUAUUCACAGUAAUGGAAUGAAGACGCUCUCCAGAUAUGAUGGAUGAUAGAUCCAGUAAGCUCAUCUUGGUUCCUAUUUUAGCGGUGCUUUUUGUUAUGAUAGGUUACCAGUACAUAUGCCCCGCUGGAAGCAACUCGUGCCACUUUAAGGCUGGGGAGAAAUUAAGAGGGGUGAGCCUACUUUCCACCCCGUACGUGGACAGCGAUGAUUUCUACCGAGAUCAAGACCUGGAGGAUGACAACCCGCCUAAAGUGCCGUCAAAAUUCAACUUCACAGAGAGAGACCUGGACAGACACGUGGAGUUCAACAUCAAAGGGGACGACGUGAUAGUGUUUCUGCACAUCCAGAAGACCGGAGGAACCACUUUCGGGAGACACUUGGUGAGGAAUAUCCGCUUGGAGCAGCCGUGCGACUGCAAGCCUGGGCAGAAGAAAUGCACGUGCCACCGGCCAGGGAAAGAGGAGUCGUGGCUCUUCUCCCGGUUCUCCACCGGCUGGAGCUGCGGACUGCAUGCAGACUGGACCGAGCUAACGAACUGUGUACCUGUCAUUAUGGAUAAGAAGGAAGCCCAGAGGAAUAAAAGGAACUUUUACUACAUCACCAUGCUGCGUGACCCGGUCUCCCGCUACCUGAGCGAGUGGAAACACGUCCAGCGUGGAGCCACAUGGAAGACUGCCCUCCAUAUGUGUGACGGGCGCUCGCCCACCCAGGACGAGCUGCCCAACUGCUACAACGGAGACGACUGGUCCGGUGUCACCCUGACGGAGUUUAUGAACUGCCCGUCCAACCUGGCAAACAACCGUCAGGUGCGAAUGCUGGCUGACCUGAGCCUGGUUGGCUGUUACAACCUGUCCUCCAUGAACGAGAGCCAACGCAAUCACAUCCUCCUGAGCAGCGCCAUGAGCAACCUGAAGAACAUGGCUUUCUACGGGCUCACCGAGUUCCAACGCAAGACGCAGUACCUGUUUGAGCGGACGUUCAGCCUGCGCUUCAUCGCCGCUUUCACGCAGAUCAACAGCACACGAGCCGCCAACGUGGACCUGAGCGAACCGGUGCGCAGACGCAUCGAGGAGCUCAACUUCCUGGAUGUGCAGCUGUACGAGUAUGCUAAGGACCUGUUCCUCCAGCGGUUCCAGUACAGCCGCCAGAGGGAGCACCAGGAGGUGCGCUUGAAGAGGCGAGAGGAGAGGCGCUGGCUGAGGGAGCAGAAAGAGCAGAGCAGGCCGCCCAAACACAAAGGGGGAGGGAACAGAGGGGGGAGGAGGGGAGGAGGGUUAGCGAAGGAGACUGAGGUGGACUUCCCCGCCACUACUGAGGACUACACAAGCCAGGUGGCUCGCUGGUGAGGCCAGGAGAGAGCUGUUAAAGAGAGAUUCCUCACAGACUGAUCAGAACAUUUCACUUGACUCUCUCUGUCUCUCUCUUUUUGCCUCACCGUUAAUCCGUCUCCUGCAUCCGUCUGUCUCUCAGCUUCAGUGUGAUCCGAGUGCUCUGCUGUCUCCUCAUGAAAACUGCCAAGUCUGUGAGUCUCACAGCAGUUCUGCCUUGGACUGCCCUUUGGUGUCUUAAAUCUUUAAAAACUGCAUUUUUGUCAUUAUUUUUUGCCUUUUUUAAUUUAUUUCAAGUUGAGCAGUUUAACUGAGGUAAAAGAAAAAAAAGGAUUCAAAGAAGCUGCCAUAGACUGUCGCUUUAAUUUUGACAUUCUCUGCAAAAUUCUUGGAUGUCAUUGAAUUUCUGUCUUUGUUUCAAAGAUGUAGUUAAAAGACUGAAGGUUGCAUGUCGCACAUCCACAAUAUACUGACAUUUGGGAAAAGUGAUUUCUAAAACAUAUACAGUUCUGUAAGCCAAAGUUAAUUAUAAAAAACACAAUGUAUUUAUUGUAUUUUUAUUUCUAAAAAAGCCCUCUCUUAGAUCAUGUUGUAUGCAUGCAGUAAACAUGUUUUAAAUCAAAUUAUGGAAGAUUAUCUGAUGCUCUUAAUUUGGUAACAGUCCAAUAAAUGUUAUUUUCUCAAAUGCAAUACAUUCUAGAUUGUGCAGAUGUAUUAUUUAUACCAGUGUUA